UGCGGUCUUAUGAUAAGUCGUGAGAGACUCUCAACAUCCUGAAUAAUCCGAGAUAUCACACAAUUAAGAAUAUGUUUAUUCCGACGGUCCACUAGUUAAGGAGGUGCUUAUCAAGAGCCGCAGCUUAAACUCAUUCCAUCACUCUCUCAGUUCACUAUAACUUCCACCUCACUUCAGCUGUACCAACAGUUCAUAUACACAUAUUCAUACAUUGAGCCUCACAUCACAUCAAAAUGCUCGACAGACCACCAAUUCGCAUCGGGAACGUCUCCGGCGCAACAGGCGACCAUCCCCACGCAAUGUCCCGCAUGGUCCGCUCCGGCAACGUGCAUGUCAUAACAGGAGACUGGCUCUCCGAGAUGAACAUCGCCUGGAACGCAAUCACCAAGCAAGAAGUGGACCCCAACCUAGGCUACGAGAAUGGCUUCUACGAGCAACUUGACGAGUGUCUUGAUGAUAUCAUGCAGCGCGACAUUCGUGUUGUGACUAACGCUGGGGCGUUGAAUACUGAUGCGCUGUAUGAUAAGGUCAGAGCGCUCUGUGAGAAGAGGGGGUAUGGGGAUUGUGUUGUUGCGAAGGUGCUGGGGGAUGAUGUCUCGGAUGUUGUUAUGGAUAAGGAGAGGAGGAGGGAUGUGCAGAUUACGCAUUUGGACCAUCCGGAGCAGACUCUUGAUUCUUGGGGGUUUACUCCGUGUUGUGCGACUGCGUAUAUUGGAUGUUGGGGUAUUGUCCAAGCGCUUCGCUCGGGUGCUCGUAUCGUUAUUUGCGGUCGGUGCACUGAUGCUUCUCCUGUGAUGGGCGCUGCGGCGUGGUAUCAUGGCUGGCGGGAAGAUCAGUAUGAGGAAUUAGCGGGCUCGUUACUCGCUGCUCAUCUGAUUGAGUGCGGUCCCUACGUCGUUGGUGCGAACUUUUCAGGCUUCAAAGACUUUCUACCUGAACUUGUGGAUAUUGCAUUCCCCAUUGCAGAGAUUGAUCCAAGAGGACGAUGUACCAUUGGAAGAACAGCAGAAGGUGGAGGAAGAGUCACAAAAGAGACUGUCACCGCACAGUUACUCUACGAACUCCAGGGCCACUUAUACUUAAACCCCGAUGUCGUCGCAGAUCUCUCUGGAGUACAAGUCGAACAAGAGUCAGAAAACCGCGUCUCCGUCUCAGGAGUAAAAGGCCUCCCGCCACCCCCAACAGCAAAAGUCAUGAUCGCCGCAAAAGGCGGCUUCCAAGCCGAAGCAACAUUCUACAUCAACGGCCUCGACGUCUUCGAGAAAGCAGCCAUGAUGAAAAACCAACUAGCACACAUGUUCAAAGACUCAAAUUUCAGCCGUCUAAGCAUCGAGUUAUAUGGCACACCGGCUGAGAACCCUACGUCUCAACAAGCAGGCACUGUAUCACUCCGUGUCUUUGCGCAAGCUCGUCGAAAAGAAGACAUCGAUGCGCCCAAGUUCAAAGUACCGAUUUACGCUCUCCGCAUGCAGAGUUAUCCAGGGUACCAUAUGAAUCUUGACUUUAGGACUAUGGUGCCCAAGCCGUUUAUGGAGAUGUUUCCAGCGCUCAUGCCUGUUUCUGCGAUUGAGCAUCGCGUUGAGAUGAGUACCGGUGCAUCACAUCGUAUUGAACCACCAGCAAAAACAGCAAAGUAUCCUAUUGUACGGCCGUCGACGGAAACGCAUGGACCGGUUGAUAUGCUUACUUUCGGACCGACGGAGUGGGCGCCGUUGGGAAGUGUUGUGCAUGCGAGAUCAGGAGAUAAGGGCGAUAAUUCGAAUGUUGGGUUCUUUGUUCGGAAUGAUGAUGAGUAUGCUUGGUUGAGGAACUUGUUGACUGUUUCGAAGCUGAAGCAAUUGUUUGGGGAUGAUUGGUUCAAGGGGGAUCCGGAGAGGAGGGUUGAGAGGGUUGAGUUCCCUGGUAUCAACGCUGUGCACUUUCGCGUUUUGGAUAACUUGAACGGAGGUAUAGCGUCUUCAGAUCGUAUUGAUGGUCUAGGAAAGGGAAUUGGCGAGUAUUUGAGGAGUCGAUACGUUGAUGUGCCAAAGGCAUUUCUUGAAAGAGGACGAAUUUAGAAACGGGUAAAAGUAGAUGCUUUAACUAGAAUUCACCGAGGCUUAUACAGAAUUACUCGAAGCCCGAUGUUCUCAUGUGCCCUUCCUAUCUCCCCUUCACAUAUUUCUUAAGUCUAUAUCAAGUCCAAGGCUUCGCGAUUAUUCCCCAAUGGUGAUAUUCACCACCACGUCUAGCGAGACGGUUGAUGGUCAGAGCCAGGUCUAUCUUGUGUCGCAAUUGGCGAGUAGAUCUUGUAUAAUCUGAAAGGUUGGCCU